UUUGAGGGGAAUUAAUUGCCUUAGAAUCCUAGAGCCAAGAGCACCUCACAUUCUUUUCUUUUCUUUUUUAAUUUUAGUAUUUUCUUAUUAAGUAUUUUAAAACCAUGUGCACUCCAACAGUAUCUCAGUAAUCAUGUCUAAGGAGUUGUAGAUGUAGAUUAUCUAGUCACAUCCACUUGUUUUACAUUUAGAAAAUGAGGAAAUUUAAGUGUCUUGCCCAAGGUCACCCAGAAAAAAAUAAUAAUAACAACUUUUUUUGAAGUACUUAACAUAUACAAACACACAAUUAAAAUGCAGCAGAACUCUAUGAAUUAUCAGCAUUUAUAAAUGGGGAUAUUUAGAACAAAGUGAUUAAGUACCUUUUCCAAAACCAUGUCACUAGUACGUGAUGGAUGGAAUUAAAUUUCCAGUAACCCUAAUUUCAAAGCCUAUGGUAUAAACCAACCAAAUUCUUUUUCUUUUCUUCAUAGCUAAUUCUGAGGCCAAAGAAGGACAUGACUGGUAUGAAGUGAUACACCUAGUCCCACUGUUGUAUUAUUUUUCUUCCCAAGCCCCCAUGGCAUGUACAGUGUGGACUCAGUAAGUGUCCACUGGCUGGAAGGGCUUAGGGAAGGCAAACAUAUCCCUGGAUUUGGGCAAAUUGGGACCUUCCACUAAGCCUACCUAUUUUGUGGGGGGUGGGGAACAAACCCACGCCGGUGCCGUAACAACUGAACACAUCCAGUCACCUACCCCGGAAAGGAAGCAGGAGGGGACUAGCUUAACCAGGCUUUUCCAAAGGGCUUCCUGGGAAAGCUGGCUGGAGGCCGCAGGUGGAAUCCUGCUUCCGGUCUGCCCGAGGGGCGGGGCUUUGGGUCUCCGUGGACGCGCUUCUCCUAGCAACCUGCGGGCGUUGAGCGGGGAGGCUUGUGCGAUGGACUCGGAGAGCCUCCUGCUAUCGCUGGAGCUGGCGUCGGGCAGUGGGCAGGGUCUCAGCCCAGACCGUCGGGCCUCUCUGCUCACCUCCCUUACGCUGGUUAAACGCGACUACCGUUUCGAUCGGGUCCUUUUCUGGGGCCGCAUCCUCGGCCUCAUCGCUGAUUACUACAUCGCGCAGGGCCUGAGCGAGGACCAGCUUGCACCUCGCAAGACUCUAUACAGCCUGAACUGCAUGGAGUGGAGCCUCUUGCCCCCCGCCACCGAGGAGAUGGUGACACAGACAUCCGUGGUGAAAGGCCGCUUCAUGGGGGACCCCUCGCAUGAGUACGAGCACACUGAGCUGCAGAAGGUGAACGAGGGCGAGAAGGUCUUUGAAGAAGAAGUAGUGGUCCAGAUCAAAGAAGAGACCCGUUUGGUGUCCAUCAUUGAUCAGAUCGACAAGGCUGUGGCCGUCAUCCCCCGAGGCGCCCUCUUUAAGACCCCCUUUGGACCCAUCCAUGUCAAUCGGACCUUUGAAGGACUGUCCUUAUCUGAAGCCAAGAAGCUCAGUUCCUACUUCCACUUCCGGGAGCCUGUUGAGCUGAAGAACAAGACCUUGCUUGAGAAGGCCGACCUGGACCCUUCCCUAGACUUCAUGGACUCCUUGGAGCAUGACAUUCCCAAAGCCAGGAAGUCUCUCGGUGUCUCUUGAUUUUCAUAUCCAUCUUGAAUAGAGGCAAGUUGGGAAUCUCCCCUGAAAACAUUUCUGAAAACAUCACUGAAAGUACUAGCCGUACAAACAUCUCUGCAGUUGGUUUUGGGGUUAGAUCCAGUGCUUGGUGCUCAGUGAGUGGGUGCUGUCUGAUUGGCCCACCUGCUAAGGAAACGAGUUCUGUACAUUUUUUUUGGGGGGGUGUGUCUUUUUAGGGCUGCACCCAUGGCAUAUGGAAGUUCCCAGGC